UAAAUAAGCAUAAUACUUACAUUACAAUAGGAGCACACCACUACUUAUAAACCUUUUUCUAUAAUUUUCAACAAAAUCAACUCGUCCUAUGCCAUACUCCAGAAGAAGAUUACCUGGGGCAAGUACGUCAAUGGCGACAGCAUCGAAAAGUUUACCUACAUGUUUGGACUGGUUUUCGUGCAAUGCGUCGUCAACUGCCUUUUUGCCAAGGGACUUCUCGUCGUCACUGUGAUGAAACAAGGUGAGGAUACCACCAGGGUUGUCUACUAUGCCUGCUCAGCGCUUAUGUGCCUCUUGGCGAUGGUGUGCAGUAAUAUGGCUCUGCAGUUCAUUAAUUAUCCCACCCAGGUCGUUGGCAAGGCUGGCAAGCCUAUUCCAGUCAUGAUCUUUGGAGUGCUUCUAGGUGGAAAGACGUAUACAUUCAAAAAGUACUGUUUCAUCACUUUGAUUGUCACCGGUGUGGUUUUGUUUAUGUACAAAGAAAAUGCUGCUCCCAAUGAAAUUGAAGGAGAAGGUUUUGGACAGGUUCUGCUGCUACUCUCUUUGACAAUGGACAGCCUCAUAAGCGCAGUCCAGAAUAAGAUGCAAACAGAGCACAAAACCAAAUCUGAUGACACAUGAUGUUCAACAUAAAUCUCUGGUCGAUAUUGUACAACGGUGCAGUGAUUCUUGUCACUGGCUAGUUACUCAGCUCUCUCAAGUUCCUACAACGACACCCAUCCGCUAUCCAACACAUCUUUACCCUAUCGAUAUGUGGAGCACUUGGUCAGUACUUCAUCUUUCU